CAUGACUUGACAGCGCACGCGCGGAAAUGCUACCAUAACAAACACAGGCUGUUUGUUACUGACAGGAAAGGAAGUGGCUCCAAAGUGACUCAACCGCACAUCAUUUUUAGAUAGUCUGGGCAGUUUUACUUCAGUCAGAGUUAUACUAAUAGGACGUAAGGAGAACUGUAACGUUAUGUGAAUUGGAGCGGCACUUCAGACAAUAACAGAUGAACGGUCUUGCUCCACCUGGAAACAUGAGAUUCAUUGCAUUUGCUGUCAUAUUUAGUGCUGGAUAUCUUUGCUCAUCGGCCUUUACACAUCCUCGGGGAGAAUGGACAAAACUCAUACUGACCCAGCAUUGGCCACAGACAUUUUGCAAAAUGGAACACUGCAAAACAGAUUUCAGCUAUUGGACUCUGCACGGACUAUGGCCCAACACUGGUGUAAGGUGCAACACAUCUUGGCAUUUUAAUGCCAGUUUGAUUGAGGACAUACUACCAGAAAUGGAGAAAUUCUGGCCAGAUCUGCUAGAACCAUCUUCCCCAAAAUUUUGGAAUUAUGAAUGGACGAAACACGGGACCUGUGCUGCAAAAUCAGAGUCUUUAAACAGUGAACAUAAAUACUUUGGCAAAGCUCUUGAACUGUACCACAAGUUUGACCUUAACAGUGUGUUGCUGAAGAAUCAAAUUGUGCCCUCUGAGAAGCAUUACACGCUGGAGGAUGUGGAGGAAGCCAUUACAAGUGCCUACGGAGUUAAGCCCAAGAUCCAGUGUGUUCACCCAGGAAUGGGAGGCCAGGUUCAAAUUUUGGGCCAAAUCGAGAUCUGUGUUGACAGGGAUUUCCAGCUGAUGGGUUGUGAAAAGUCCAGCGAAGACGCCUGGAGCAGUGACUUCCCCACAGUGCCUGUCAGUGGCCAGUCAGGACUCAGCGUGUGUGAUCACUCCAUGCCAGUCUAUUACCCUCCAGUGCAAGCGUAGAGGUGGGCAACUUCAGACCUCUUUUCAGUGUUUGAAAGAUUUAAGGGUUCCUGUCUAGCAUGUGAAACACUGGAAAUAAUUGUUUUCAGUAAAUAAAUGCACAUUAAAUUCCUUUGCUGUCCUAAACUAUGAUGCUGGAACAAUCUACUGAUAAUUUAAGGAUGUCAAAUUCACAGACUGCUAUUUUUUAGGGGGUAACUAAGUUCACUUUUGAAAUGUAUUGGUUUUACGCAAUGUAUCUUGCUCAGCCUGAAGUUGACCUAUUUGUUUGGGGGUUUUGAUCUCAUGAAAGAGAUUGAUGAGUUCUUAAAUAUUUCAAGUAAACAAAAAAUUUUAGCUAAGUAAUUGGAAAUUUUUUUUUAGCAUAGUAGCAUAAUUUUGUAUAUGCAUGGCAGUUUUCUGGACAUUUUAUUACUGUUAUUUUUGUUUGUUUGCUUGUUUGUUUGUUUGUUUUAUCAGCGUAAGAUAAAAAAAAUCUGCAAAUACAUUAUCAGUACGUGAUAAUGUAGACAAUAAUAAAUAGACAAUAAUAUGAUUAUGUUCAUAAAUAAGUGAGGGCUUGACCUGUAAUAUAUAUGUUAAAAAAAACCUCAUGUAUUCAUGAAAAUAAGCCGUGUUUUUGUCAAAAUUAAUAAAAUAACAGCAAAUACUACCAUCAGUAAAAAGAUCUCACAUAUUUAUGAAAAUAAUAGUCAUUUUAUGAAUAUUUUUGCCAUUUUUUUAAAUCAGACUUAAUAAAAACAGCAAAUACUACCAUUAUUCAAAAUAAAAAUUCGCAUAUUUAUGAAAAUAAUUGUCGUAUAAUUAUGUUUGCCAUUUUUUUUUUAUCAUCAGAAUUAAUAAAAGAACAGCAAAUACUACCAUUGGUUAAAAACUCACAUAUUUCUGAAAGUAAUAGUCAUAUUACAAAUAUUUUUGCCAAAUUUUUAUCAGAAAUAAUAAAAGACCAGCAAAUACUACCAUUAAUAAAAAUUUUAAAAAACUUGCAUAUUUAUGAAAAUAUUAGUCAUAUUAUAAAUGUUUUUGGCCAUAUUUUAAUCAGAUUUAAUAAAAGAAAACUGCAAAUACUACCAUUAGUAAAAAUAAAUAAAUAAAAAAUAAAUAAAAAAACACAUUUAUAAAAAUAAUAGUCUUGUUCUAAAUAUUUUUGGCAAUUCUUUUUAAUCAGAAUUACUAAAAACAGCAAAUACAACCAUUAGUUAAAAACACUCAUUUAUUUAUGAAAAUAAUAGUCAUAUUAUAAAUAUUUUUGGCCAUUUUUUUUUAUCAGAAUUAAUAACAAACAGCAAAUACUACCAUUAUUUAUCAGAACUUGAUAAUAUAGACAAUAAUAUGAUUAAUAUUUUCAUAAAUGAGUGAGCUAAUAACUAAUUUAUAUAUACUUUUAACGUAUUUUAACAUUUACUAAACUAUCGAAAUUAAAAGAGGUCUAUAUUUUCUAUUGCAAGUUUUAUUUCUUUCUCUUAUAUUAUAUAUUAAUACAAAAUGUGACCCCAGCAUGUUUUACCAAAUCUCUAAGAGGUCUAUAUUUUCUCAAACAAAUGUAAGGUUUUCUUUCUUUCUCUUGAUUUUAAUGCAAAAUGUGACUGAGGCAUGAUCUGUUUUGGGAUAUUCACCCUUUCAAUAUGAACUCCAAAUUUGUAGAAAUAGUGUCCGCUGUAAUACGUGUCUUUCGUUAUUUUAAUUUGUAAUUUUCUGCUAAAUAAAUACAGGCUCACAAGAUGGUUUGAUUAGCUCUAUUGGACAGUUUUCUGGAGAAUCUAACAGUAUUCAGGUACAGAAAUUGAAUAAUCACAAUGCAAAAAAAUGCUUUUCUUACUUUGCUUUGUCUCAUAUCUGCUCCAAAUAUCUAAAAAAAAUUCUUAGAUCAAGUAAAAAGAUUUUGUUUUCCCCUUUAGAAGAACUAAGUCAAAAUUCAUAGUUUUUUCUUAAAAUGAGUUAAAUUAUCUGCCAAUGGGGUAAGAAAAACAAUCUUAUUUUUGCUUUGAAAUGUAGAUAUUUGAACUAGAAACAAGAUAAAUAUUUUAAGGAGGGUUUUUGGUAUAAAUCAAAUGGAUUUUAUAUACAUAAUUAAAUAAAAGAAAUCUGUAUUACACCUCCAAACAUCAUUUUUUUUGUGUCCAAAUUUUCUUAACUCUCUUGAAAUGCUCAUUGACAGGCGUUAAAACACAUGCAAAUGAUAAACCAUCACUAUAUCAUGAUUAAGCUUAGCAGUGACUCUACAAAUCACAUGUUCAGAUAUAAUUCACACUCCACAUUACAUAUGUUGUGAUGUAACUAUUGUGGAUGCACACAUUGAGAUAUCGAUUCUGAAACGAUAUAUUGUGCAGCCCUAAUUGGCAAUAUUUGCGACUUCAAUGUGUAAAAUAUGUGGUGGGUUUGGAACUUUGAGCCUUGUGAUAGCAGUUGCACAUAAUGCACAUCUAGUUUUCCACCACUAGAGGGCAGCACAUACAUUCUGGCCAAAGAAAAAGCUCAUUGACGUUGCUAACAGACAUGCUGUUCUCGUGUUGUUUUAAUGGGUAGAUGACUUCAGUUACUAAGUUACUACACGAGACAAUUUACCGUUUGCACAAAACAAUCUGUCUUAAACAGUGUCUUUCUGCCUCAGUGCCUAAAAAUACAGAUCUGAUUUUCAUCCAGUGGUAUUUUUAUCAGUCACAUGAUUACGAUCAAAGAGCCAUAUUAGAUGUGGGCAUUUGAUAUAUUGCUUUGUUAGCAACAUGGCGUGUAACUUAUAUGUCUAUAAUUGUUGGUUUUUAUACUGGUUCUGGAUUUGUGCUGCUGAUGAAAGACAUUUUUACAGGUACAUGGUUUGUUAAUUUUACAAUGUGUGAUUAUUGCAUUCAUGUAAAGAUUUGAGUCAUUUUGUUCAUUUACUGUAAAUAAAUUGGUUGUUCUGAAAACCAGGCA